UUAAGUGUUGUCUAAGAAAUUCUUUCAGCUCGACAAUUUCAGAAGGAUUUCUAUCAAACUCUAAAAAUUGUCAAAUAAAAAUGAAUAUUUUCUGUUUUUUAAUAUCAUAUGCCAUCGUAAGUGUUUGCGCAGAUGAUGAAGCGGAUUGUAAAAAGCAAAUUGUAAUCACGAGUCUAGCCGUAGCACGUGCUUUUAAUAUAUAUGAUUAUACCGUAGGAAAUAAUUCUGGAUUAAAUGGAUUGGAGCUUGUAAUUGAAUCAAUAGAAGUUAAUGGUCGCGCUUUCCGCGAGUCUUUCGCCAAAAUUAAUUAUAUGAUCGCUGUACCGGAGAAAACCGAUUAUCUCCCCGAAAUACCGGAAUUAGAUUACCUUAACAGAAUGAAAAAGUGCAUGUUUUUGCAGUUUUUGUUUCGACGAGAAUUGGUGAUUAAAUUAAAUAUUGCACUGCCUAUUGAUAUAAAUAAAAGAAUUGUUGAUCCUGAAUUCGAUAACACUCAAAAUUUUGGAGAUUUAGAUUUGACAGAUCUUGCAGAACAGAGAAGAGGUCAGGUCGUUUCAGCUUUAAUAAAUAUAAUCAGACGUGGAUUGGAUGGACCGCUGUGGCAUGUAAGCGAUGAUGUCUAUAUGGAAUGGAUGAGUCGUAUGAUGGGAUUAUACAUGAGUGCACGAUUACCAUCAUCGCCCAUAAAAAGUGUUUGGAUCAACACACAGAAUGGGACUUUUAUGCUAUGGGAUGGAAGUACACACAAAAGAUACAAAAGAAUUUUAGGCGUUUGGCACCAAAUUAACUUGAAUAACAGCGAUCCAGUACAACUGCUCGAGGAACAGCUAAGACGUUUAGACGAGGAAUUAAUAUUAUUAUAACUCGUCUAAAAUUAUACAACACUAUUGUUAUUCUAUUAAAAUAAUAUUUUUAUAAUGCACUACAUCCUAUUUCAUGUAUUUCAACAUUU